UCACAAUUCCAAGUGGUCAUGUCUGAUGCUCCAGGAGCGGAUUCACCAACUCGCUUUUACCUAGUUAACUUCGAGAGCUACUUGAGGCCCAAGCAGCCAAACAAAUGUCAGCCUCUUCAGCGGUUCGAGAAGCCAAAUGGAAGAACCACUUUUCUGUACAGGAACCUAAAACGAUUAAAGAUUCUCAGGUGGUAUAGUAGUGCGUCGAAACGAUUUGAGCAGCUCCCACUGCCCAAGUUCCUUGGAUUCCUGCGUGCCCGCAAUGAUGACGGCCUAUGUAAGCGGAAGACAGGAUUUGAGAUCUACUGCGAGAUGGCCAGCAUACAUGGCUUUCACAUUUUUGUGGGAGCGAAAACUUGGCAAAGGAUUCUGUGGUGGCUACUCAUUUGCAAUGCGGUGCUGCUUUCACUUAUCCUAGUGGUCAUGUCGCUUUCCAUGUCGAAGGAAACGCCCACAAUCCGCUUCAUAGACACCAUGAUGAAGCCCACGGCGAAAGUGCCUUUUCCUGCAGUCACCAUCUGCGCAUUCAACACAAUCUUUACGCAAGGGUUACAGAAUAGGGAAUGGAUGAGCGCUUCUGUAAUGGAACAAGUAACCCGAAGAAAUGCAAGUUGGUUGGAACUUCUGGAGGAUGCGGCAUUACCGAUCUGUCCGCUAGUUAAAGUCUGUCAGUGGGACACUCGAAUGGUUAACUGCCUGGAUGAACUGCAGCCCAUUUGGACUCUUGACCAAAGACUGUGCUGCACUUUUGGCUACAACCAGCAGCUCUUCAGCUCCCAUUUGGGAUUUAGUUUUGUUCUAAGAUCCAGUGAUACGGACCUGCAAAGUUCGCAAUCAGCUGGCUUUGAGGUGCUCAUACACGAAUCCCACGAAAUGCCCGAUGGAGCAACUCCAAGGCUGUUAGUGCCAAGCGGAUCAGAGGCCCACAUCAUGCUCAGACCAUAUGUCAAUCGAUUCUCGAGGAAUCUGGAGGGCUUAUCUCUGCAGAAAAGAGGCUGCUAUUUUCCAACAGAGCGCCGUCUAAUGUCUUCUGAUGUGUACAACCAAAUAAACUGUCUGGCUGAAUGUCGCAGCGAAAAUAUAUUAGAAUCAUGUGGCUGUGCGCCUCCAAAAUCACCUCUUGGGAAAAGCUGGCCCAUUUGCGAUAUUCAGCAAAUGCAGUGUGUAAUAGAUUUUGAUCAUGAUGAGAUCAGCAGCGGGGAACAAAAGAAUUGCGAUUGCCUUCCGCCAUGUGAAUUCAAUCGCUAUGAAUUCCAAAGUGAUAUACGACUUAUAAAGGGAAUGACUAAUAAUAGUAUUGUUAGCACAAGCAAUCAAGGGCGCACAAAUGAGGUCCGUGUCCGUGUCUACUACGACUCAUCAACUGCGGAGGAGCUGCUCCUGGACGUGUACGAAAACUGGCUGACAUUCAUAGGAACCUUUGGCGGUAUAACCGGACUAUUUAUGGGCUGCAGUUUCGUUUCGGUCUUCGAGCUGAUUUUCUUUUCGUGUGUGCGACCCACAUGCAACUGGCUGACCAGGAAACAGAUACUCUGGCGACGACGUAGGAAUCAGAGGGUGGGCAACACGGAGGCGAGGUCAUUAGGGCCGGCUAAUUAG